CCGGAAUCGAUGAAGAGAACUGGGAAUGUGCUUAAAGAGUCACGCUGAAGAUGGAGAUACGGACUUCAAAGGUCGCGUCGAUGAACAGCCGUGAUCCCUAAACUUCAGAUUCGCGAGUCGCGCUGAAAAUACGCUAGUCUCGAUUAGAUAUAUUCACGUGACUGGGGUGGCUAAUCGUCCGAAGUCCAACCGAGCCCGAGGUCACGGGUUCCUCCGGUCCGAUCUCAGGACUCUCCGGUCAUUUGGGGAAUUGAGCCACUUUCUCCUGCAAGUUCAUUUAGACGAGACCUGUGGAAGAGGUCGACUGGAGGAACAAGCAAAUCACAAUGUUGUUGUCAAUAGCCUCGCGGCAUGCCCGUACCAGAUUACGCAUCCAAGCCCCCUCCGCCGUGCCCCUCCAUUCCGUAAUCGCUCGCUUCCUGUCGAGUUUGGCCAUCCUGGAGCAACGAGAUGGGAAGUUGAAUCCGUCGUCGUUAUCGGCGGUGGCUGCUGCUCAGAAGCUGGGAGGUACCGUCACAGCAUUCGUGGCUGGCAACGGCGUCAAAUCCGUCGCCGACGAAGCGGGCAAAGUCCAGGGCAUUGCGAAGGUCGUCUAUGUGGAUAGCAGCGCAUACGAUCGGGGCUUACCCGAGAACUACGCUCCUCUCCUGGUCGAGAACAUCAAGAAAGAUGGCUUCACCCACGUCAUCGCCGGCCACUCCGCGUUCGGCAAGAAUCUCCUCCCUCGCGUCGCCGCCCUCCUAGACAAGCAGAUGCUCUCCGACGUCACGGGCAUCGAAGGCGAUGAUAUCUUCGUGCGCCCGAUCUACGCCGGCAACGCCGUCCUCAAAACCCAAUCCACCGAAUCCAUCAAGCUCUUCACCGUCCGCGGCGCCGCCUUCCCAGCGCCAGAGACCAUCGGCGGCUCGGCUGAAGUCGUCGAGGGCGUCGAUCCGAAGGUGGAGUCACAGACGGAGUGGGUUUCGGAGAACCUCACCAAAUCCGAGCGACCGGACCUCGUGUCGGCUAACCGGGUCGUCUCCGGUGGUCGUGGCCUGAAGUCGAAGGAGGAAUUCGAGCGGCUUAUCCCCGCGCUGGCGGACGCGCUUGGCGCGGCGGUUGGCGCGUCGAGGGCGGCCGUGGACAGUGGCUUCGCGGACAACAGUCUGCAGGUCGGGCAGACGGGCAAGAACGUCGCCCCGCAGCUUUACCUGUGUGCGGGGAUUUCGGGUGCCAUCCAGCAUCUCAGCGGUAUGAAAGACUCGAAAGUCAUUGCUGCGAUCAAUAAGGACCCCGAGGCGCCGAUUUUCCAAGUCGCUGAUGUCGGCUUGGUGAGCGAUCUUUUCGAAUCGGUGCCCGAGCUGACGGAAAAGCUCAAGGCUUAG